CUUGGUUUUGUAUUUUGCUGCUUUAAUAUGGGUGUGUGAAUAUCUUGUUUAUUACUUCACAUUAUGCAGUUGUAAUUGGCCCGACCUACCCAAUGCUAGUGUGAAAAACAUACAAAAUCCCGACACUGCGGUUGUCAAUUUAAUGGUACUUGCAGACACACAUCUUGUCGGAUACGUUCUAGGUCACCCUAUUGACCGCAUUAGAAGAUCAUUCAGAGUACUGACGUAUCUGGUAGGCGUAUCUAGUCCAAAGAAAAUAUAUUUUAUCAGUAAUGUUAACAUGUUACUCAGACUACGUCAACUUUUGAGUUUUCACUUAAAAUUCUCAUACCCCAUUGUUAUGGGAAAAAUAUUCACUGACAACCUACAAUUUGUUUACUUGACUUUCAACUAUUAAAUCACUGGUCGAAGUACCAUUUGAUUUACCAAAGUUUAGGCAAUUGGAUAAUAUAAUUGGUCUUCACCCAUCAGGUAUGUCUAGCAGAUUAUUACGUAACUACUGAGAUAUUUCUUUGAAAAGUAUACAAAAGUACAAUAUGCGUCUCUUUCACAUCUCAAGUUUAAAAUGUAGUGACUUAUGAUGGGUGAUUAAAAUAGUAACAGACAAACUUCAUUAACAGUCAACAUCUUGGAUGCUAUCUAUUUAAUAUUUUUAAUCAUAUAUUUAAGUUACAAAAUGAUCGUACUACCCAUCUCAGACAUCUGUACUAAGCAAUCAAUUUCUAAUCUAGUCACUGAAGUUUUCGAUACCAAAUUUAAUCACAAAAUUGGUUGUUAAAUAAUUAUUUCUACCGAAACACUACUUAUACUAAAGCACAGGGACUAAAGAUGUUCUUAGUUUUUCCUGAGAGUACUAUAGAGGUAAAAAAAAAUACUUCUUUUAGUAGAUGAAGAAUUAUCCAUCUUCAAUCACUAAACAUCUAUGAGUUAGUUAAGCAUCAUUGUUGGUUCACUGUACAGGAUUUAUAGACUUUUGACUAUCUACGACAUACUUUUGCAGAACAAUCUCAUCAAACUAAUAAAAAUAAAAGAAUUGCCCAUGAAUUAUCUGUUUAUUAUUGUAACAAAACAUUAAAUAGGAUAUUGUAAUGAAACUCUAUGAUGCUGAAUCAAUAUUCAGUGUUUGUAUUUCGCCUUUACGAUUCCAGGGAUUGGCAAAUGAAGCGUGCUUUCCAAGCUUCCUUAUAUUUACAUAGUCCUAAUGCCGUUAUAAUAUUAGGAGAUAUUUUGGAUGAAGGGAAAUGGGCUACAAAUGAUGAUUUCAGCUAUUUGGUGGAAAGAUUUCGCGAUAUUUUUCAUCAUGAUAAAACGAAAACAUUAGUUAAAACCGUUGUUGGGAAUCAUGAUAUUGGAUUUCAUUAUGCCACUAACGAGUUUUUGAAUAAUCGAUUUCACCGGGAUGUUGGAGACAAUAUUUAUACACCGCCUAUUUAUCUGUGGUCUUUCUUUGGCAUCCAUUUCGUUAUUGCAAACAGUAUCGCUUUUGAAGGUGACAAUUGUGAUUUAUGUUUUGAAGCCAAUUUCAUAUUGAAGUCGAUCGCGAGAUAUCUUGAUUGUUUGAAGAUAUCUACUCCAUCUAAUACCAAGAGUUGUUAUUCCAAGGAACUUGGUAUGGGCCUUUCUGACAAAUUCCCAUACAUUGAUGUUGACCUUAAUGGUAGCUUCUGGCGGUUAAAGAUAGCCGGACGAAGCGCGCCUUACCUCUUUACUCCUCUCACACUCAUUCCCUUCCUUUUUGGUAUGAGUUAUGCUAUGGAACCGCCAGCAAUGAGCACUUUUUUAUCAGACAACGAAACAGUUGGAGAAUCAACUAACCUUUUGCAUCUUGAAGGUCAUAGUUGGAGCCAGCUGCAAGAUGGGACUAUUGAGAUAACCGACCGACUGCCUAAGAAAGAAUACUACAUGAGUCUUCGGAGGUUCAACAGCACUGGUCCUAAUUCUGGAACUGCACACAGGUUGGGAAGUAUUUCCAGUGGUUCAGCUGCUGGAUUAGCCAAUGGAUCAUCUGGUUUACUAGGUGGUAACUCAUCUUCACCGCGCCCAGGUGGUGGUACUUUACGUGGAACGUCACACCCAUCGGUUGUUGAUUUUAAACCUUCUGGUAAAAUAGUAGAUUGUACGGUUGUAAUGCUGGAUGGUACAACAAGAGAGUUUCGUUUAGAUAAAGCUGCCUAUGGACAACAAUUAUUCGAUGCUGUUUGUACACAUCUUGGUUUAUUAGAGGUUGAAUUCUUUGGCAUCACAUAUUACGAUUCAACCAAUAACUGGUUCUGGCUUCAAAUUGAUCAGAAAAUUGCAAAACAAAUCGGUAAAAAUGAAUGGCAGUUUGAAUUUCAAGUUAAAUUCUAUCCAUGUGAUAUCGACUCAAUCAAAGAAGAUAUAACACGUUACUAUCUUUGUUUACAAGUACGGCAGGAUAUAGUUAGUGGACAGCUUCCAUGUUCAUUUGUAACUUAUUGCAUUCUUGGGUCGUAUAUAGUUCAAUCAGAAGCUGGCGACCAUGAUCCGACUCAACAUAUUGGUAUAAAAUACAUACAAGAUCAUCCAUUUGCUCCUCAUAUGCUUCAAACACCUGAAAUGUUAGGACGAAUUGUUGAACUACACAAACUUCAUCGUGGUAAAACACCUGAAGAGGCUGAUCGUUUAUUUUUAAGUAAUGCUCGUAAAUUGGCCUUGUAUGGUGUUGAUUUGCAUAAAGUUAAGACGUCUCAAGGUCAAGAUAUUACUCUAGGUGUUUAUUAUGGAGGUAUCCUGCUAUACCGUAAUCGUAUUCGUUUAAUGAGAAUUAGUUGGCCGCGUAUUAUAAGCCUAUCACAUCGUGGACGUAAUUUUAUUAUUGCACGAAGACCUGGUGAUGAUUCAUUAGAUCGUAAUAUGACUUUUAAAUGUAUCAGUCCUACACUGGCUAAACGAUUGUAUAAUGUUUGUGUGGAUCAUCAUAAUUUUUUCAGACUUCGUGGGUCGUCUAGACCGAAAAAACCAAGUUUAUUCCCUUCGUUUGCUACUCGCAAAUAUCAUUAUCCUGGUACAACUGUGAAUUCAUCGUCGAUUGACGCUACUGUCGGUGUCGGUGGACAUAAUCAAACAUCUCGACGUUUAUCUAAAUUUCGUCCAAUGCCUGCCCAUCCUUCAGAAACUGGAUGGUUUACAUUUGCUAACCGCGGAGAAAUGGAUCAUAUGAAUGGUGCAGUCGCUAGUCAAUAUCAGUACCAACCAGCUAUGGUAAGUGGUGAUCCAGCCUGUAUGGAUCCCACUUAUUUAUGUAAUCAAAAUGUAAUCAAUGGACUUCCCAUACCAAAUGCUCAAGGUGUUCAACGCUAUUACCAACCAAGUAGUAAUGAUGUUACCGGCUUAAUGAAUGGUCAUCAUCCUAAUAGUAAUAAUAAUCAUAUCAAUAAUAUGCCCACAAUGAUUACUAGGAUAUCAUUUGAACCUGAACACUGGCGUAUAACUGGAGCUGAUUGUACAGCAGGCUUAGGAAUAGAUGCUCGGGGCUUAGAUGUUGCAUCUACACGUGGAGCUGGAUGGCAAGGUUGUAGAGCUAAUAAAGGUGUAAAAGCUCCAGGUGCAUAUUACUAUGAAGCGGCUUGUUUAGAGGAAGGACUUAUACGUGUCGGUUGGUCAACUAAUGAUGCCAAUUUAGAACUUGGUGCAGAUAAUUAUGGUUUUGGUUAUGGAUCCGAUGCUGUAGGCUCUGCUGGUAUGAAUGGUACUGGACGUGUAAUGCAUCGGAAUACUGGUCAUGAUUACGGAAUAAUGGUUCAUCAGGGUGAUGUAAUUGGUUGCCUGUUAGAUUUAGACAAAGGAUCAAUUUCUUGGUCAUGUAAUGGAAAAAUAUUUCAACGUGCAUUCACUAUACCUGACCAAUUAAGAGGAGAAGCUUUCUUACCAGCGGCUAGUCUAAAAGAUUCACGUAUCCUAUUUAAUUUCGGUGAAGAACAAUCGUUAGAAUUCCCACCAGACGGUUCAUUUAUUCCUGUAGCUCAGUCUGCUGAUGAUAGUCAAGUAUCUAAUCGAAAUCCUGGUUGGCGCAUGAAUCAGUACGAUGCAACGAAUGCUUUAGAUGUUGCACCCGACGGUAGUCAAGUUCAGUCACAUUUUAAUCAAGGUUGGCAAGGUUGUCGAUCGAAUCAUGGUAUUCGUGGUCUUGGACGCUUCUAUUUUGAAGUAACUCCUAUUGAAUCUACUGGACUAUGGCGAGUCGGUUGGUCAACAGAUGAUGGGAAUUUAAUUGUUGGCACAGAUCAAUAUGGUUUCGGUUAUGGUGCAGAUAACGAAGGUUUCGGUUUGAAUGGACAACAAGGAAAACGUAUACAUUGUGAUGAAAUUGAAAAUUAUGGUGAAGCAUUCUCUAAAGAUGAUGUGAUCGGCUGCUUUUUGGAUACGAUUGAACACACUAUUAAAUGGUCAAAAAAUGGUUUGGAAUUUGGUGACGCUUAUCGAAUUCCAUCUGAAUUGUUACAUUCUAAAAAUUUGACAGCAUUGUAUCCAACUGUGUCCUUGUUGAAUUCUACCGUGGAAUUGAACUUUGGCGACAAACCAUUUAAAUAUUAUCCUGGGCCUGAUUGGACACCUGUAUGCUGUGCUCCUCCUGAAUGUACUAAACGUUCUAGACGUAAAGGUCCUGAACGGAAAGUGAAGGGGUGGUCAUAUAUUGAUCCGACUAUUUUAGAACCAUCAAUUCGACAAACAAUGCAGUCGAUUGAAAGAAGUGAACCGCAAAUUGAAACAGAAACAUUUCAUGAUGAAAAUGGUAAAAUGUUCAAACGUACUGUUAAACGUUCUGAAGUGACUACUACAAAAACUGUUAGUGAACGUAUUAUUGCAAGUACUGCAGGUCAAAUUGUUCAUACUAAUGGACAUUCUAUAUCUGGUAAUGAUUUUGAUGAAGAUUUAAAUAUGGCGUUGUUAACCGUCACUAAAUUGGAUCCAGAUAUUUCAGUAUUAAAUAAUCCUGUCGGACAAGUGGAGAUUAGAACCAAACCAGAAAGUGUUCUUUAAAAACGUAGAGAUAGUAGUAUUCAAUAACUGCUUUUCGUUUAUAUAUAUGAUACAACUAGCUACUCACAUUUAUUCAUUCUUCGAUCAAUCAAUUCAUUCAUUGAUUCAUCUAAUUAUUCAGUGACAAUUCUAUUCCUAACUGUCUCUUCAUCCCAUUCAUUAUCUAACUCACCCUCGCCUCAAUUAAAUUAUAUUAUUGUUGUUCAUUACGUAAUUGGGUUUUUGUUUUUCGUCAGUUGAUAAGAUUAUUUUUCAGUUUACUACUGCUACAACUAUGUUUCUUAUCGGCUUUUCCGUUUACAUUUGCCUUAUUUGAUAAUACUUUCUUCUUUUUAUAUUCUUGGUUAUUUUUCUUUUUUUAGUGUGUCGGUGUUUCUGUUGUAUUCAUAUAUCUUCAUGAUUGUUACCACUAUCACCAUUAGUAUCCCUAAUACACCAGGAGGAAGUAUUAUAUCAUUGUGUAUUUAAUACUUAAAUCCUUGUCUAUACGUAUGUAUGCUUGUUAGUAAAUAAGUUAUGUGGUGUCACACUUUUCACUAGCAAGCACACACACGUACAUACAAGCAUUUACGUGUAAAAUGCUUAAUGAUAUAAUACUUCCUCAUGGUGUGAUAAUGGCAACAAUCAUGAAGAUAUGUGAACAACGGAUAUAUAUAUAUAUAUAUAUAUAUAUAUAUAUAUAUAUAUAUAUAUAUA